AUGAAGUUGAAAAUUCACGAAAAAACUAUAAAUAUUGAAAAUCUUCGAACCACUAAUCCUCAGAGGUUCUGGGAUAACAUCCGUAAAAUCAAAACUAAAGCAACAACUCGAUUAUUUACAAUUAACAAAUCGCAAAAUAUAAAAGAUAUCGUUCAAGAAUUUAGACAACAUUUUCAAACUCUUCUCAAUACGCCUCUUAUUUUAAAUAAUAAUCAUAAUCCUUCUCAAAUUCUAUCUCUAAGUAAAGAGCCUAAUUCACUAAUCAUAACAUCAGCUGAUAUUAUAAAUUGCAUCUCACAAUUAAAUAGUAAUAAGUCCCCAGAUAGCUGUGGGUUAAGUGCUGAACACCUUAAAAACUCUCAUAAUAAUAAUCUUCUUUUGUGGCUCGCUAAAUUUUAUAACAGUAUUCUAUCGAAUGGAAAAGUACCAAAUGAUCUAUCAACUUCAACAAUUAUUCCACUUGUUAUGUCAUAUACAAAAUCUCUUAAUAAUCCAGAUAAUUAUCGAGGAAUUAGUAUUUUACCUAUCUUUACUAAACUUCUAGAGUAUCUAAUACUACGAAUAUGUUUUAGUAUAACAGAUAGCCAUUCCCAUCAAUUUGGUUUUAAAAAAAACAGUUCUACUCUCCACGCAGAAUUUUUACUGAGCGAAACUGUUAUGCACUAUAAAAACAAUAACACGCCUUUAUAUAUGUGCAGUUUAGAUGCUAAUAAAGCUUUUGACACUUGCAACUGGGAUUUGCUAUUUGAGAAGCUGUAUUUCCAAAAAAAACUUCCAUUGUCUGUAGUACACACAAUAUCAUCCCUUUAUCAUUCUGAUUCUGCAAACAUAUCCUAUCAAGGUGUUACCUCAAACCAAUUCAGUCUAUCACAAGGGGUGCGACAAGGGUCUAUUCUAUCGCCACAUUCAUAUAACAUUUAUACUGAAAGCAUCCUAAAUGAAAAUGUCUCAGAAUGUAAAGUAGGAUCGACAAUAAAUGAAAUUUAUACUGGUGUAAUUGCAUACGCAGAUGAUGUAAUUUUGCUAAGCCCCACAAUCUCUGGUCUGCAGGAACUGAUUAACAGAUUUCAAACAUAUGGAGUAGCAAACUUUAUCAAGCUAAACACUGAGAAAACAGAAUUUCUGAUUUCUGGAAAAAGUUAUAUUCCUAACAACGUUGUUAAAAUUAAUGGAACUGUAAGUGAUCUUUUAAAACAUUUUCAUUAUCGUCAUGGUAUUUCUUCAACACAAAAUUGUAAAAUUCCUUGCAGACAAGGUGGUUGUUGCAGAACAUAUGAGAGUGUCCAUGCCCUUAAAAUUCAUUUGUAUAGAAAGCAUCCAAGUAAUCCUUAUACAAAAUAUGAAAGUAUAAAUAUUUCUCCUAUGGAAAGGAAUGAUGAGCUAAAAGAUCAGCAAGGUAGUUAUACAGCAGCAUAUGUUGAUAAAGAUAACACUAGUAAUAUUUAUUCAGGUGUAUUAUACGAGGAAAAUAUAAAAGAAAUGAUUUUAGAUGUUUUAAUGACUCUUAGAUGUCAUAACACAACUGAAGUUGUAAUUCAGUAUUUAGGAAAAAGUGUUAAAAAAUAA